AUGAUGCUGGCAGCUCAUGUUAACAGGGAAUCCGAAUGUCGUCCUCCAUUCUGUGAAAGCAUUGAGUCUGAACACUGUCUGAAUUCUGAUGAAAUUCAGAAUUUAAGUUCACCAGAAAAGGGAGCGACAGUCAAGAAAAGCAUAGACUUCAACAGAUCAAGCUUUCUAGAAGAAUAUAAUUUCAGUCCUGCAGAAAAGGAAACACUAAUGAAAAUUGCUAUACCUGAAAUUCUUGAAAUCUGGCUGGAGGAGUCUGCCGAAGACUUUCGUCAAGUUCCAACUUACUCUUGUCUCCGGAAGGUACUUUGCUACUUGAACCAGACAGUGCCGGGGUCAGAUGCUGAACAUCGGGCCCAGAAACUCCUGAGUCGGUUUUUGGUGGAGGAAACAGCGGAGAAAGAGAUGUUCAAAGGCUACCGUAGAAGAGUUAGAUUCUAUAUUGGAGAAGAACACGACCAAACCAUCGAACAAGUUGACGAAAAGCUCCUGUCCUACCCAUCACGCUUCAUUGCAGAGCAGCUGACUUUUAUGGAUGCUGAUCUUUUUCGGAAACUUGUGCCCAGCCAAUGUUUAGGGUCCAUCUGGUCUCAACGAGGGAAGGAAGAAAAACAGCAUCUGGUAUCAACCGUCCAGGCCACCAUUACACAGUUCAAUAAUGUUACAAAAUGUGUCACCAGCACCAUAUUAAGACCUCAACAGCUGAAACCACGGCAGAGGGCUAAAAUCAUUGAGAAAUGGAUUGAUGUUGCCCAGGAAUGUAGGACUUUGCAGAAUUUCUCGUCAGUGCAUGCAAUUACCACUGCAUUGCAAUCGAAUAGUGUGUUCAAUUUGAAGAAGACUUGGGCAGCCGUGUCAAAGAGCAGUAAGAUAACAUUUGAAGACCUUUCAAACAAUGAAGAAGAUAACUUUAUGGCAAGUAGAGAGCUGCUAAUGGAGGAUAUUGUUCAGGGAAUUGUGCCGUACCUGGGAACUUUCUUAACAGAAUUUUCAGCGCUGGAUUCGGCUUUCCCGAAUUACCAUUCAAAUGGCUUGAUCAACUUUGACAAGAGACAAAAAGAAUAUGAAAUAAUUUUGGGUAUCAAAUCCCUGCAGUUUGCUUGCUCAUCUUACACCCUUCGUCCAAACGAGAAUUUUCUAGACUUGUUCUUUCUGCAACAAUACUUAAGUGAGGAUAGCGAGUACGUAACUGGUAUUGUAGGAGUGUGCAGCUCCUCUGAACUCGAGAAACCGCCAAAGCCCAAAAAGAGUGUGUUUAAACGCCUCAGCUGCCUGUUUUCAAAGAGAGGUGUUAAAAUACACAACACUCAAACUAAAAGCUCUGAGCAGCGAGCAUCCCUUCAGAAUGAGGAUUCAGACAACAGCAUUACCGCAGCCAACAUUUUAUCCGAUUCCAGCCACUUGGAAAUGGAAGAGCCGAGCACUUCGCAAAAAGCGCUGGAAAAGUCAUUAAGAUCCGUGGAUACUGCCUCCUCUGGAGGUUUAUCCAACAGUGGUGCAUCAGCAAAACCAAAUUAUGACACAGCCAAGUCUGGUAGGCGUGCGGGUUUGGGCAGCUGCUGGUGUGCAACACGUCGGAGGGACAACCGCCAGAAUGAGAAAAGCUGCCUCAUCCGAGUCAGAUUAGAGGAGGACAGAGCACAAGAAUUCAAAACUAUUUUGGUGACUAAUCAAGAUCGUGUAUCUGAAGUUCUCAACAAAGCCAUCACCGCGCUCAAAUUUGAACCCGAGCGUCCUCAGCAAUUUGCUCUAGCACAGAUCAUUGAAUCAAAUAAAGUGCUCAUACUUCCGGCCGAUGCCAUCCUGUAUUAUGCAAUGGACAAGAAAGUGAAUCACGACUUCAUCCUGAGAUUCACCGAAAGAAGAUCUUCAUGUCUAUGCAAGUUUUAGCUGCAAUGUUCGAGCCUCCUUCCCAAUGUGAAUCAAUGAGCUCUAGUGAGGAAGGGCUUUAGAGAGCUCACCGCCCUGAUUUUUGAGAGGUCGUAUGUAUUUUAUUUCCUUCUCCUCCUGUAAAUCGCUUGGUGCUCGACAUAGGAUUCACUAAUUAGACAUUUACACAUAACCACUUUAAAAUUAAAAUGGUUCAACAUCGAGGCUAUGCCAACAAUACCAGCCACAGAUAGAAGAGAAAAUCAUCUGAGUUCUUUGUCUAAGUUUGUUUCUAAAAAUAGUGUUCAA